GAGUGAAGGAGGAGUAAAUUUUAAAGGGUAACGCAGCCACUAUUUAACCGACCUUCCAAAAACGAUUGCACCAAAAUUGACUGCGGAUUUGCAAAUUCUUUACCCCUAAAACAUGCUCCGAUUUUCUCGUUGCGCUCCCACCAUUCAAAGAUUUUAAUUUUUCUCUUCCGUUCCCGAGAAAUUGAGGGAUUCCUUCUUUGCAAAUGGAUACUUCGUUUUCGUAAAUCCGAAAGCCAUAUUCUGAUUUCUAUAUAUAUAGCCUAGAUUUCUGUUCCAUUUUUGGGAUAAAUGUCUGAAUUGGUAGCGCGGACUGGACGGCAGCAGCAGCGCUACGAGGGUGGUUACCGCCUCAUUGCUGGGUGUAUUCCCUUCAAAUUCAGGAAUUCAGAAGAUGGUGAUAAUUCACCUGAGAAGGUAGUAGAGGUGCUGAUGAUCAAUUCAACUAGUGGACCUGGUCUUUUGUUUCCAAAGGGUGGAUGGGAGAAUGAUGAGACGUCUGAGGAGGCAGCAGAAAGGGAAGCCAUGGAAGAGGCUGGAGUAAGAGGCGAUUUAGUGCAUUAUCUGGGAUGCUAUCCUUUCAAGAGCAAAACCCUCCAAGACGCGUGUAGCCCGCAAGGUUUAUGCAGAGCUGCCAUGUAUGCUUUGCAUGUGAAGGAGGAACUCGAGUUUUGGCCAGAGAAAAGCCACCGGGAAAGAAGAUGGCUGAGCAUCCCUGAAGCCACUGGAUGCUGCAGACAUGUCUGGAUGAGAGAGGCUCUCGAAGAAGGUUUCUCAAAGUGGUAUGCCAAUGCGUUGUUUCUCAAUGAGAGCGAUAAGCUAAUCAUUUUGGAGAACCUUCGUUGAGUUCGUCUACAUUUUGAAAGAGUUGGAAAAGAUGCAUAGUUUUUGACGGAAUCUCCUGCUUUUUAGCUCUUCUGCAAAUUGCUAUGUGCAGAUAUCAUAUUCAUCGUACAACAAUUGUAUAUUUAUACACCAAUACAUGCAAUCAAAAUGCGUUUUUUUA